CGAAGGAGGAGCCUUCUGUGGCAGCACGUCGAACUCCGGGCUAAGGCCAGUCCUCGCCACGGGGUCGACAGGAUGGUAUCCGGAGGCCAGGAUUCGCGGAGGGUCGACCAGGAGGAAGAAACCUCAGGAGGAGCGCCUGGGAAGCACCGCAGGAUCCCAGGCUCAGGCCUGAGCGAACGGUGUGCCGGUGAGUUUCCCCAAAAGUCGUGUCUUUGCGAUCUCGAGGACAGGUCUGCUUGUAUGCCCAAGGGCUGCUCUCUCACCCCAGGGUCGUUGUCGCGGAAAGCAGAACCCAGAGGCUUCAGGGGCUGCCUGAGGGUGAAUGUUACUGUGCCACUGCAGUGUGUCUGGGUUCUGUCUCUUUCUUUCUCUUAUUUCUCUCUGUCUCCUUUCUCUAUCGAUCUCUACCUGUUUCCGUCUGUGUGUGCUCGUGUGCGUGUGUGUUUGGAUGCAUAUGCGCUGUAGAGCAGUUUCUUGUACGGCCUUUCUUCUGGUGAGCCUCUCCCCGCGUCUCUGCCUGGGUCAUCUGGCCGGUUAUCAUUCGUUUUCCCGGUGGUUCCAGUUUGGGUUCGUGACGGCCUGGACAACGUGGGGAGUUGCGUCGGACCCGCAGGGGAUUAAAUCGGCUCCCCAUCGUGAGCGGGCUCAUUGCUAGUAUCAAGACGACCACACUCCAGCAAAGGACAAAAUUCUCACAGAAGCUCAAUAUCCACCUGCAUGAGAGGUGCCCAUCGACCUCAAAGAAGAUGGGUCUCACUCCUCUCGCCCUAUGCCCUCAUUGAGAUAUCUAGACACUGCUGGAAACAAGGAAAGAAAAGAACGCCCGGUACUGGAUGUAGCAAGCAUCUCUGCACUCGAAUACUGGCCUUCUUGGCCAAAUCACCGGUUUGGCACUCAUUCACACAUGCCCAAGGUGGUGGGCUCUGGCCUCUGCUCUGUCCUCCCUCUUGCUCUGUCUGCCCUGUUUCUGAGAAGCCUAGAGGCUUCUUUGGCUGAAUGUCUUCAACAAAGAAGACUUCCCAGUCCAUCAGGGAGAAACUUCGUGAGGAUGGGUUUCAUGAUUGUUUCCCUCUCCAAACCUAUUUCUGGAUGAUUGGGCAGGAAGCCCGGAGCUCUGGGCUUCCAUACCUGUCUGGGACAAGGAAGCUCCCUUGGUAUCCAUGUCACAAGUGAUGGCUGCCUGACUGGUACAGGAAGAGCAGGAGGCGAAGGUGGCUGGCCUCUUACCUUCUAGGAAAUGUGGUGUUGUAUCAUACCUGCCUUUCCUCUCUGAUUCUUCAGGGCCAUCUGGCUCCUCUGCUCCUGGGGAAAGUGCCUUGAGGCACUGAAUCUCCUGGCUGCCACGGAUGUCAGGAAGCAAAAGGGACAGGGUUUUGCUGGGUGCAGGAGAGGCAGCAUCAGUGGUACCUACCCAGUGGCGGCGUGAAGUUGAGGUGUAUUUUGUCGAAACCUCUCGGCUCCUCUGGCAGGCGUCCCUGAAUGUGGCUUGGACUCGGGCACAGGCCCUGUCUCGCAGGUUUUCCGGUGUGCUAGGCUUUUCCUCAGCUUUGUGCAGGAGGUCUCCAGUGGUCCGCGGGCGCAUCCCGGAACACCACUGUCCGUCUCAGCAUCUCUCCAUACGGCCUCGGAGACAGAAGCUCACUCCAUCUGCUCUUCGGGGAUGCCAGUGCCACCUGUGGUCCCACUGGCUCCCCCUCGGACUCGCCUGUCUCUCUCUGCACAUGUCAAGCAAAGCAGCGUAGGGAUUCCGGACCCGCUGGGCCUUAAAGAUUAAAGCAGGCCACCGUUUCACCAAAGAAAGUGGGAGCCAGUGGACUCACGGGUCAGUGUAAUUUCAGUAGACACCACAUCUUGGGGCCCAUGGGAUCUUUCUGUGCCCCAGCGAGACCUUUCCCACCUCACUACAUCAUAACGCCAUUACUGAUCACCGGGUCGGAUCCAUAAUCAGAUCCGAAGAGGACUCCGGAGAGGCCAGCCGGCGCCCUGAAGCUACUCCGCCACUGGGAAUUGAAGCAGAAGACAGAUCAAGGAGGUCUUGACCACGGGAAUCCCAUGGGUCCGACCCUGGGUCUCCCACAUGAAGCUCUCCCAUUCCUCACCCCACACGAUACCUCCAACACUGCUACGGCCGUCGACACCCCACUCCCAGCAGCAGCAGCGUCGGCGCCAUUUUGCAAAGGAUCCCCGACCUUAGUCUCCGGAGUAACAAGGGUGGGGGGCGGGGGAGUCGGCCUCGCCAGUGCGCAUGCGCGAGGUCCGAGCUGCCGCUUUGGUCACAGGGACCGCCACAGUUGCCCCGGGAUGAUGGGUCCCUGAGACCUGGGAAAGUAGGAGCUCUUUGGGAUAGUGCGUCAGAGUCGGGGUUCAGACCAGUCCUGGGCAGGGAAGUUAACACCGCGGUCUCCGGAACCCGGGAUUCGCGGAAGGUACACCACCAGGAAGAAACAACAGCAGCAAGAAAUCUCAGACAGAUCGCCGGGGAGGCAGCGCGGGAAUCCAGCCUCAGGAGUGCGAAGACGGUGUGCCGGUGAGUCUCCCCAAAAGUGGUGCCCUUGUGAUGUCGAGGACAGGUCUGCCUGUGUGCCCUUGGGGCUGCUCUAUCACCGGUGGGUCGUAGUCACGGAGAGCAGAACCCGGGAGCUUCAGGGGCUGCCUGGAGGCGGCUGUUAACGCUGUAGGUCUGUGUGUCUUACGGGUGUGUGUGUGUGUGUGUGUGUGUGUGUAUGUGUGCGCGGGCGUACGUGUCUGUGUGCCCACUUCUCUCGCUCUCUUACGUCUCUCUCUCUCCCUUCUCUCUCUUUCCCUCGCUCUCUCUUUCUGUCUCUGUGCAUCUGUCUGUGCGUCUCUCUAGGGACACAUGUGCCCUGUACGCCGCAUGCUGGGUUUCUUGCACGUCGGCCUUUCCUGUGGUCAGCCUCUCCCCGCGUCUCUGCCUGGGUCGUGUGGCCGGUUGGCAGUCGUCGUCCCGGCGGUUCCAGUUUGGGGGUCUGUGAAGGCCUGGGCAACGUGGGCAUCGGCGUCGGACCCGCAGGGGUUUUCAUCCCCUCCCCAUCCGGAGCAGCCUCUUCGCUAGGCUGGAUCCAGACGAGCGCUCCCCAACCAAGGACAACGGCCUCCCAGGCGCUCAUUGUCCACCCGCAGGAGGGUGCCCGCAGAGCUUCAAGAAGGUGGUUGUCACGCCUGUCGCCCUCUGCCCUCAUGGAGAAAUGUAGCCACAGCUCGACGCAGGGACGGAGAAGGAAGCCGGCAAGGGAAUGGGGCAAGCAUGUCUGUCUCUCAAAGGCUGGCCUUCCUGGCCGAGUCACCCGUUUGACACUCCUCCCCGGAUGCCGGUGGUGGUGGCGGCAUGGCCCCCCCGUAUCCUGCCUGGGCUCUGGCCUCUGCUCUGACCUCCCUCUUGCUGUGUCUGCCCCGUCUCUGAGAAACCUGGCGGCUUCUUAGUGUGGCUCAGAGUCUUCCACAAAGAAGGCUUCCCCGUCCAUCAGGGAGAAACCUCGUGGGCGUCCGCGUCAUGAUUGUUUCCCUCUCCACACCUCUUUCUGGACGAUUGGGCAGCUGUGGUGAUCCUGGAGCUCUGGGCUUCCAUACCUGUGUGGGACAGGGAAGCUCUCUUGGUCUCCAUGGCCCAAGUGAUGGCUGCACGCUCCGUCCAGGAAGAGGGGGAGGCAAGCCCACCGCUCCUGACAUUGGCCUUCUAGGAAAGGCGGUGUGGCAUCCCACCUGCACUUCCUGUCUGAUUGUUGAGGGCCAACCGCUUCCUCCGCUCCUGGGGAAAGUGCCUUGUAGCACUGAAUCUUUUGGCUGCCACGGAUGUCAGGGAGCCAACGGCACUGGGUUUUGGCUGGGUGCAGGGGAGGUUGCGUCAGGGGUACCGAGCCGGCGGCGGGCUGGGGGUGGGGUGUACUUUGUCCAAACCUCUCGGCUCCUCUGGCGGGCCUCCCUGAACGUGGCCUGGGCUCGCGCACAGGCCCUGUCUCGCAGGUUUUCAGGUGCGCUUGGCUUUUCCUCCGCUUUGUGGGGCAGGUCUCCAGUGGCCCCCGGGGCGCACGCCUGGACAUCACUGUCCGUCUCCUCGUCGCCCCCUACGGCCUCAAAGACACACGCUGCCUGCAUGUGCUCUUGGGGGACGACAGGGCCACGUGUGGUCACACUGGCUCCAGCUCGGACUCGCCUCUGUCUCUCUUUGCCCGUGUCACCGGAAGCCGCGUCGGGAUGCCGGAGCCCCCGGGCCUUGGAGAUGAAGGCAGGCCCCUGCUCCUGCCAGGAAGGAGGGAGGCAGUGGGCUCAUGGGUCGGUGCCUUUGCAGCCGGCAGCACGCCUUGCGGCCCUGGGGAUCUUUCUGUGCCCCGGCGAGACCCUUUCCGCCUCACUGCAUUGGAACCCCAUUCCCGAUCACCCGGUGGGAUCCAUCAUCGGACCCCAAGAGGAGUCCGCGCAGCCCAGCCGGCACCCCGAAGCUCCAUCUUCAGCGGGAACCGAAGCAGAAGAGCGAUCAAGGAGGUCCUGACCACAGGACUCCUAUGGGUCCGACCCUGGGUCUCCCGCAGGCCCCUCUGGCAGUCCUCUUCCCACCCGCCGCCUCGGGCUGCGCCGCAGCCGCCGCCGCCCCAGGCCCCGCAGCCGCCGAGUCGCCGCCAUUUCUUAAAGGGUCCGCAGCCUGACUGUGCGGAGUAAGGGGGGUUGGGGCGGGGGAGUCGGCCUCGCCAGUGCGCAUGCGCGUGUCGCCUCUUGGGUCACAUUGAAAGCCAGCGUUGCCCGGGGAUGGGUCCCUGACACUUGACGAAGUAGGAGCCCUGUGUGAUCGUGCGUCUGAGUCUGGGCUGAGACCAGUCCUGGCCAGGGCAGUUACCAGGACAGUCUCCGGAGGCGGGGAUUUGCGCAGGGUCCACCAGCAGGAAGAAACCCCAGGAGGAAGAAACCUCAGACAGAUCGCCGGCGAGGCAGCGCGGGAUCCCAGCCUCAGGCGUGCGCGGACGGUGUGCGGUGAGUCUCCCCAAAAGUGGCGCCCUUGUGAUGAGGAGGACAGGUCUGCCUGUGUGCCCGUGGGCUGCUCUCUCACCGGUGGCUCUUACUCGCGUAAAGCAGAAGCAGCAGUUUCAGGGGCUGACACUAAGAACAAUGCAUACUGGCAAAGUAAGGUGUCUCACGUCUUUAAUCCCAGCAGUUUGGGAGGCUGAGGCGGAUGGAUCACUUGAGGUCAGGGGAUCACACCAGCCUAACCAACAUGAUGAAACUCCGUGUGUACUAAAAAAAAGUGCAAGACAGUUAGCUCGGUGUGGUGGCAUACGCCUGUAAAUCGGAGCUAUUUGGGAGGCUGAGGCAGGAGAAUCGGUUGAACCCGUGUGGCAGAGGUUGCGGUGAGUGGAGAUUGCGCCACUGCACUCUAGCCUGGGUAACAAGCACAAAACUCUGUCUCAAAAAAAAGAAAAAAAAAUUAACAGUGCAGAGUUAGGCCAGAUUUAUUUUCAGAGUAGGAGGGAAUUUCAAAUUUUGGGUGAAAUGUCCCAAUUGCCGGAAGGUUAAAGUGUUCUCUGAUGUAAAAUUUAGGUCACACUCUAUAAAGCUUCUCCUUGGUCUAUGUGUGAACAGCUAGUCUGUAUCUUCACCUAUGCAUAUUUAAAAAUCAACCUUAAGAAGGCUCUUGGCCACCAUAAUCCUUCCUACACUGUAGCAAGAGCCCAGCCUCAGACUAUGCUUCCUUGUGCCUCCGACUGCAAUGCCUUCCCCCGAAUCUCCAAGGUACCAAACCGGUCAGGGGUAGCUGAGACAGCUCUACUUCUAGGAGUCCUCCCCAAGCCCUUGAAAUCACAGGCAUCUCUGCUGUCCCUGCCCUUCAUCCACAUGACUGAACAAUUAAGCACACACAUCUGUGUAGUUUUAUUUAAACUGUUCCAUGUGUGUUUACAAUUAACAACAUGAAUGGCUGCGGUAUGGAUGCAGCAGAAAGGAAUGCUGAGGGAGGACUCCAGUUAGAAUGAGCCAGUUUUCCAGGACUAGGAAUGAACUUUCCCCAGUACCAACAAGGCAGCCUCCAGGGCAAGAAAUGGUAACAGAAUCCAUCCUGUUGACAGUCAAGAUGGAAUUACAGAGAAUUCUCACCUCUUUUUUGACUCUCAGGUGGAAACCCCCUUCCCAUGGGGUGAAGCACAGUCUGCUCCAGAGCCCCACUGUUGGGGUCGGGGAUGUCACAGAAAUUAACAGGGCAGCCAAUUCCCAUCCAGAGGGGGCCCAGGAUGACCCCGAACCCUCUAGCUCAGCCCCAAGCUCGGGCCAGGGAGUGAAGCCCUUGUCCCCAAGCAACAGAGUGAGGGUCUGUCUCUAACCCGGUGGGCUCCAGUGAAAGGAAAAUGGCCUGGAGGUGCCCACAGGAGGGCGCCCUAGUUCUGAGACAGGUCUACGGCUCCCAGACUGCGUCCCCAUGAGUAACAGAGGGACACGCAGAGGGGCAUACUGAGUGCCUAUAGGGGACUCACGGACUGCAGAUGCACGCUGCGGAACCAGAAGCCGGUCAGGUAAUGAGCUGCAGAGGUGUGGGGAAGACCUGGGUGCCUCCCUGGGUGCCAACCAGCCUAACCAGCCGGGGCCACCAAACAGAAGUGCUUCUGACAUUAACGCGACACACAGAAGGUGUGUAGGGUGGGUAGUGGAAGUGACCGCAGAGGCCUCUGGGGAUUGUAGUUUUGGAACUAGAGAGGCGGGCAAGCAGUUGGCUUCGCCCACACGGUGUGCCUCUCACAUCUGCACAGCGCACACAACCAAGCUUAGGAGCCGACUGUUAAGAUGCCCAAGUGACACGGACAAGUUUCUCCUCUGCAACCCAAUGAGAUCUGCUGACCACGAGAGCAUCGCGGGACCGCCAAAGGAUUCUGGAAAAUGUGGUCCCGGGUGGCCAGUGUGCGCUGACCUUCACCUGAAGGUACGGCUUGAAGGAAACUUCUGGAGGGUGGGGUGGUGUUGAAGAGAAGGCACAGUUGUAACCAUUUUGUUCAACAUGGGCGUUUUCUUUGUGCAUUGAUUUGCAUUUUUAAAGGUAUUCCAUUAAAAAUAUGUUUAUCUAUUUUAA